CCCAGUCAUUCGUACUGCACCACGGUCUUCCUGAUUGCUGGCAUUGCUUUGACCUGCUGGGGUAGUCCUGACUUUGAUCUCAUUGGCUUUAAUCUCGCUUUGAUGUCGACCAUGGUAGCCGCAGCAGGAACUUCUCUCAACGGACGCUUGCUCUCGGUCGGCCCUUUCCGAGGAACCGGCUCUGUCAAUAUCAUGCGGCUCAUGAUGCUGCAGUCACUUCCGUCCUUUUUCAUUUUCAGUAUCAUUGCAGCCGCCACAGAGAUGAACGCCGUGUCAAAGCACCUGGUGGCAGAGGAAUCUGGUGGAUGGCCGGUGAUCCUUGGGUUGGUGUCUGUGUCGAGCGCGUUGGCACUGGUCUCCAACUUGGGCCGAUGCUUUUUGGUGGCCUCCACGAGUGCGUUGAUGGAGACGUUUGCAGGCAAUACAAAGGUUGCUGCACUGUGCGUCAUUGACAACCGCUUGUUUGGCACAAGGAUGUAUAGCUACAACUAUCUCGGUGUCGCUUUGACCUUUCUGGGCUUCAGCGUGCAUGUACUUCUCCAGUACCUCUCGGGGGCGAAACAAGAAACCAAGCAGCACAAUGAGAUGAAGAGAGCAUCGAAAGCUUCUCGCACACCUGAAGGUACAAAUGAUGAGAUGGAAGGAUUGAAACCAGACGAUUCUCCAGAAAGAAUGACAGGGACGCUUUCCAAAGUCCCGAGCGGUCCCGUUUUCAUUUUGAACAUGCCCCGGCUCAUCUCCGGAGCAGAGACCGGCUUGUUCUCUGAGCACCUGGCUUUGCGCUUGGGGCGAGAACAUCCCUUUCGCCGGCGAAAAGGCAGAAAAAAUACCAACCUGCGGAUGCAGCUGUCUCAGGUCGCCGAAGAGGGAGAGGAGGGCGAGGUGCCACCUUUGACUCGGCCGAGAAGCCGUACGUGGCAGGCUGGUGAGGACAUCAACAAGACUUGGAUUGGUGACCUAAACCCAGUUCUUGAGGCGCCGGACUGGUUGAACGACAAUUCGUCCUUGAGUUCCGACAGAACCGCUGCGACCAGCCCGGCGGCAGAGACAAGGUCAUCCGGUCCCUCAGGGAUUCCCUUGAUCGACCGAGCAGUCUCACGGAAUCGCUUCAACUCUGACCUAGUCUGAAAUCAACUGAACUGACAUAAUAGGCACAGAUGGAUGCCCAAUUGGGCGCAGUUUGAGGGGUAGUUUUCCCAAGUUCUGCGACCGAUGCGAG